ACCCCUUAUCUUCCGGUUCCGGGCCGCGCGCGUUCCUAGCUCCCGGGUUCUGCACGAGGCUAGGGAGAAUCAUGGAGAGCUCUGUGUCCGCCUCCACCCCGGCCUCAGCGGACACGCCGACCGCUCUGGAACAUCUGGACAGAGAGCAGAUAAGAAAGGCAGUGGAAGUUCUGCUUGCACACUCCAAGUCAAGAAAAAACAAUAAUGAGUUACUUUCGAAUGGGAAUGAGAAUUUAUUUUUAAUGGUGGUAUUAUGGAAAAUUCCAAAGAAAGAACUGCGGGCCCGAAUGUCUUUGCCUCAUAGUAUUUUAACAGAUUCAUCAGAAGUCUGUUUGUUUACCAAAGAUGAGUGUGAGUCUCCUGAACAGACAGAAUGUUUCUAUAAAGCACUUUUGAAAAAACAUGGCGUGAACAGCGUCUCUCGGAUUAUCCCUUUUAGAACUUUAAAAACAGAAUAUAAAGCCUAUGAAGCCAAGCUCCGCCUCCUGGGUAGCUUUGACAUUUUCAUUGCUGAUGAAAGAAUUAGACGGCAUUUGCCUACACACAUAGGAAGACACUUCUAUCAGAGGAAGAAAGUUCCAGUAUCUGUAAACCUUAUGGCCAAGAAUCUGUCCAAAGAGAUUAAGAACUGUAUCACAGGGACUGUCUUAAACAUCUCCAAACAAGGUUCUUGCAGUGCUGUGCGUGUUGGUCACACUGGAAUGAAGGCUCAGCACAUCCUUGAAAACAUCCUGGCUGUCUCAGAAAUGCUUUCAGAAAAACUGCCAGAGAAAUGGCAGAGUGUGAAACUUUUGUUCCUAAAAACUGAGAAGUCGGUUUCCCUUCCCAUUUUUUCCUCAUUUGUCACAUGCCAGGAUGAAAACAACAUCAUGUCCUUCAAUAGCCUGAGGAAAAAGGUAAUAAAGAAAAAAAUGAAUUAUGAAAAAGAAAAGUCGAAGAAGAAAAACAAAAUGUUAAGGAAAAGCUCCAAAAAGGCUGCAUCUCAAGGUAAAACUAGCAGUGCUCCAGUGAAGGCCCCAAGAUCCCAGAAGAAAAAGACCAGCAAAGUAAAAACACAGCCUGAAGGGACAGACGAGAGUGAAGAAGCAAUCCCACAGCUGGUCCCAAUAGGAGAAACACCGAAUAAAGAAAACCUGGAGAUGCAAGAAAAUAUCACAGGGGAAAGGUCUCCAAAAAAGAAACCUGAUACAAAUACACAUCAGGGAAAGAAAAGGAAGGCCCUACCAGCUACAGAGAUCCCAGAAGCUUCAGGGCCUGAGACCGCAGGAAAGAAGCCAAGAAGUAUGCCAGAAACCAGAAAACCAGAGGCCAAGUUCUUUAAACCCAGGAAAUCUUCCAAUGCCCCCAAAGACAAAAAAGCCCAAGUAGCCCACUCAAACUAAAAUCAGGUUUCUCCGUUUGAAGGAACCCUAGCAGAGUUAACUGAAGAAUACUUGGGCAGAGAGGGUGUGGUGUCAUCCACUGUGGGACAUAGAGACAGGCAGAUCUGUGUGGAUCUGAGGCCAGCCAGAACUACAUCGUGAGACCCUGUCUCAACAGACAUACUUGAACAAAAUUGGGUGUGCACUCCUGCACUAACACUCAAGAAGCCAAGGCCAGAGAGUCAGGAGCUUGAGGGGAGCCUAGAGUUUGGCAAGAAUCUGUCUUUAAAGACCAAAGUUCAGUCCUGGGCUUGGUGGUAUAACACUUUGCUAGCAUAUGCAAGGUCCUGGCUUCAGUACCCAGAACUGUUUAAAAAAAAAAAAACAAAAAAAACAAAUACCACACACCUGCACAUAACAAAAGGUACUCUGGUCCUGACCCCAUGCAGUCUUAUCCAACAAUUCAUUUAAUGUUUUUGUAAAGUUUCCAGGGGUGAUUCUGAAUUAAUGUUUCUAUUUGUAAAAGACUAGGGAUUUGAAGCAAAAGCAUCUAUUUUUGUUGUUCAGUGUAUUUCUUGAUACGAGUGCUUAUGUUGUGUUCUAAUAAAGUGUGCAUCUGCUCUGGUAAA